CCCCCAACACGGAGCCAUUACCGGUUUCUUUCUUUCUUUCUUUCUUUUCUUUUCUUUUCUUCUCUUCUCUUCUCUUCUCCUCACUCACCCUCCGUACAAAACAUCAUGUGAGGGUUUCGCUGGUUUCUAUCCUCUCCUCGCUGUCCAUACCCCAAACUUGCAAGUGCAACCAUCUUUGUCACAGUUUCUUCACUUCACACCACCUUAAACUUUUUCCUACCUCCUUGGACCCCAACAAAGAAAACAUCACACAACUGCUGAUCAUACCUAUGUGUGGCCCUCAGACCUUACAACCAUUCAUUACCAAUCCCUUUGCUAUUUUAGGGUUGUGCAGCCCUUAGGGUUUUCUUCUUCCUCACACCCAAAAUUCACCACCACACUUUCACAGAUUAAUGGAGGAAUACACUAAUAACAAUCACUUGAGUGAAAACACUGCUCCAACUCCAAGUCCAAGGCCUAAUUUCUUGUACUCUUCUCCCCCCACUGGUGGAAACCAUAGCCAUAGCCAUAGCCAUCAUCAGCAUCAUCACCACCAGCAUCAUCAGUUUCCAAUCAACACCUUCCAUCUUCAAUCGGGUGGAUCAGAUCAUUGCUUUCAGUCUGAUCAAGUGCCACCACACCCCUCUGUGAAAACCGAAGCCAGCACUUCUCAGCUUCACGCUCCUAUUUUCCACUACCCUUUAAUGAGAGGUACCCUUCACAACAACAACACCACUAUGCAUCACCAACAAGGACCCAGUCCUACAACCUCCACCACCGAAGUUGAAGCCAUAAAAGCUAAAAUCAUUGCUCACCCUCAGUACUCCAAUCUCCUCGAAGCUUAUAUGGAUUGCCAAAAGAUAGGAGCUUCACCGGAAGUGGUGGCGCGUAUGGUUGCGGCAAAGCAAGAGUUUGAGGCACGGCAAAGAUCCUCAGGUGUUUCGAGGGAUACCUCUAAAGACCCUGAACUUGAUCAAUUCAUGGAAGCAUACUAUGACAUGCUUGUGAAGUAUAGAGAGGAAUUAACAAGGCCUAUUCAAGAGGCCAUGGAUUUCAUGCGAAGGAUAGAAACUCAGCUAAAUAUGCUAUGCAAUGGACCCGUCAGGAUCUUCUCUGAAGAAAAAUGUGAAGGGGUUGGUUCAUCAGAUGAGGAUCAAGAGAACAGUGGAGGAGAAACAGAACUUCCAGAGAUUGAUCCUCGAGCAGAAGAUCGUGAACUUAAAAACCACUUACUGAGGAAAUACAGUGGUUACUUGAGUAGCCUAAAACAAGAACUUUCCAAGAAGAAAAAGAAAGGGAAACUCCCCAAAGAUGCAAGGCAAAAGCUACUUAACUGGUGGGAAUUACAUUACAAAUGGCCAUAUCCUUCGGAAUCAGAGAAGGUGGCAUUGGCUGAAUCAACUGGUUUGGACCAAAAGCAAAUAAAUAAUUGGUUCAUAAACCAAAGAAAGAGGCACUGGAAACCCUCUGAAGACAUGCAAUUUAUGGUGAUGGAUGGUCUGCAUCCUCAAAGUGCAACUCUCUACAUGGAUGGUCAUUACAUGGCAGAUGGUCACUACCGUCUAGGGCCAUGACAUCACAUCACAUCACACAUGGCCAUGCUAUAAAUAUAUAUAUUAUUUUAUAUUUUUAAUUAUUAUUAUUAUUAUUUAAAUGCAAGGUAUGAGUUUCUGAUUAACAAAGAGACUGUGACCAAACUGGGUAGCAGUCAGCACUGUAGCUACUAGUUUCAGUGUCAAGCAUACCAUGAACAUUAAUGGUUUCUGCUUGUGAUUGUGCAGUGUGAGAGUACUUUCAGUAGUUUAUCAUACUCAUGUUCUACUUUCUAUUAAACAAUUAUCAGACCUUUCCUUAUUAUUCUAUAUAUAUAUUGGCAGAGAUAAUUCAUGAGA